UCCACCAUCACAUUAUCCUCUUCCUUACCUCUGCGCCAUUCCAAAGGUAUUCUGCAACUCGAUAUCACCGCCGCGAUUGGAGCUAGCAUGGACCACGAGGAACCUGCGCUUGAUUUAUCCGACGUCGUUCACGACCAUACUAUCGACGAUGAUGACGACGCCAUAAAUUCCAACAACAAUGACCAGACCCAAGACAGCACGCCAAAUGCCAUCCUGUCGCCUCUGCAAAAGUCCAGUGGCCACCUACCUUCUCUCUCCACCUCUGAGCCCUUCUCCGUCGAAAUACUCGAGCGUGAAAUUGCUACCUUACUCAACCAGAAUGCUUCCGCUGCAUCUGCGGCUUUGCUCAGUGCAGCCGCUCAGCAACAUCAAGCUAACCUGGGACAAUCUCGAGAUGGAGAAGGUGACGGUGGGAAUGACAAUCUCUCCAGCUUGGCUAGCAUAGAUCUCAGCGGAUUAGCUGCCGUGCUAAAUGCAGCACACGCUCAGGCCGCGGAGAAUGAACGUGCGGCUCAGGAACUGGCAGCGAAAGAUCCAGAAUUCGCUCGACAGCGAGCUGCCGCAUUGGCUGAGAAGGGACAGAAGAACACACGAACAGCACCUGCCUUUCAUUCGCUGACUGCCGGAGAGUCCUCCGAGAGUCCUCAUAAAUCCACCGGGCGGGGGGAACGCGGUAGCCAGCCACCAGACACCGACUAUCUCUAUUCAGAUGGCCAUAGCGACAGCGACGUUGACGGGCCCAGCCACCCUAUCCCACCUUCUCGACCAGACAACGAUCCACCGGCGUCUUUACCUGGUGAAUUUACCGAUAUAAAUGAUAUACUGACGCAGCUAUCAGGUCAAUACGACCCAGAACUCGAACACCGCAAUGCUCACGGCCCGUCCUCGCCUGAUUCCUCGCCCGUCGUCUCCCAUGUCCGGCCUAUUUCGGAUUCCCAGCCUCGCCCUCCGACUCCGUCAUCCGUUCUAACGCAGGUGAAUCGAACUGUUGUCUCGCAACCCGUUGCAUCCACCUCUGCUGUCACAUUAUCUAAUGGCAACAACAAGAAGGGCAAAAAGACUGAAAAGGAGAAAGGACCCAAUCACAUGUAUCCUUGCGACCAUGAAAACUGUAAUAAGUCCUUCACACGACGUAGUGACCUUGCUAGGCAUACAAGGAUACACACAGGUGAAAGGCCAUUCGUUUGCGACUAUACCAACUGUGGCAAGACAUUCAUUCAGCGUUCGGCUUUACAUGUCCAUUCUCGGGUGCACACUGGGGAAAAACCGCACUGCUGUGAAUAUCCGGCGUGCGGCAAAACCUUUAGUGACUCGAGUAGUCUAGCCCGCCAUCGGAGAACCCAUACUGGCAAACGACCAUACAAAUGCGAAGAUGCUAACUGCGAGAAAACAUUUACGCGGCGAACGACUCUAAAUCAGCAUAUGCGGACUCAUGAUCCAAAUUGGACGCCAGACCCUAACAUGAAGUACAAUUUCAAGUCGAAGAGGCGACGGGUGGAAGACAGUAGCGACGACGAUCAAGCACUCGCAGAAUCAGUACGGACGAUAUCUGCACUGUUUCAUGCAGGUGGUGCCGCCUUGGCUGCUCCUCCACCACAGACAGGUGCUGAAGAGGCGCUGGAAGUACGGGUUGCAAGUAUCAGUGCUGAAAUAGCAGCCGCUAUUGCACAAGCCCAGUCUCGUGGAUACGAGGAAGAGGAAGAAGAGGAAGACGAGCUGGAAGAUGAUUCUGGUGAUGAACUAGAACGACGUGAUACCAUCGGACCCAAUACGAGUGGGAUCAGGGGAUUGGGCGAUGGGGAGGAUCGGGCCGCAUUGGAGGACAGUACAGAUAGGGAAGACGAUGACAGCGACACUUUCCCGGUGCCACUGCGGACGCGACGGGGCAAGGACACUGUCGCGACGGGAGAGAAGAGGAAGAGGUAACAAGGUGGGUAUACGAAAGCCAUUAUUAAAGAGAUCUAUGUAAGUAGCUGUAAUGGAAUGAUUAGGAAGCCGUCGACCCGUUGACGGGGGAGUACUA